GGUCCGCAAACCAAUCGCGCCCUUAAAACCCGCACGGCCUCGCCCACCCCGCGCCCCUUGCCUCUUGGUCUCGCGGUCGCGUUCGGACCUCGGAAGCUUCUGGAGAUCCCCACCGCCCCUCGAGCCCUAGAACAAAAGGACCAGCAUGGGAAGAAGCUACGAUUACAGCCCCUCACCUCCAAGAGGUUACAGGAGAAGAGCUCGCAGUCCAAGCCCUCGUGGUCGUUAUGGAGGACGUGCUAGAGACCUCCCAACUAGUCUUCUAGUGAGGAAUCUUCGCCGGGAUUGUAGGCCUGAUGACCUCCGUAGACCAUUUGGAAAAUUUGGCCGUGUUAAAGAUAUAUACCUUCCAAGGGAUUACUACACAGGGGAUCCUCGAGGAUUUGGGUUUAUCCAAUACUUUGAUCCUGAGGAUGCUGCUGAUGCUAAAUACCAUAUGGAUCGGCAGAUGUUUCUUGGAAGGGAAAUUACUGUUGUUUUUGCAGAGGAGAACAGAAAGAAGCCUUCUGAGAUGAGGACAAGGGAAAGAGUCAGUGGCCGAGGCCGUUCGUAUGAUCGGAGGUCGCGCUCAAGGUCACCUGGGUACUCUGUCUCUCCAAGGAGCAGAUUGCGGUCCUGCAGCAGAAGCUACUCACCAGCACCUAAGCGGAAGCACCAUUCAAGGUCCCCGUCUCCUAGGGAGAGAUCUUUGUUGCGCUCACCAGUGGACAGCAGAUCAAGGAGCGCCAGCCCUGCUGUUAAGUCUCCUCGCAGGGAGAGGUCUCUUUCUGUUAGCCGGUGAUGAUGCAUGAUCAGGGCUCAGUAGUGCUACAUGCAUGAAGAUGUAGUUGCUGUCACACCGAAUGGAACCAUAUGUGAUCCAGAUUCUUUUUGUCACCCUACUCUGGGAGUGCUAAAAACAUGUAUGGUGUAUUCCAGAACCUUUGAUGAGUGUUUUGAGAAUGAACGUACCUGUUGACUGGGUGCGGAUUUGAAGUGAUUUAUGGCUAGUAUGGCGACAGUUCUUUGUUUCC